AUGGGCUGGAAGAAUAUAAGCCAUGGCGAGCUCAAUGAUAGAUCAGAGCAACACACCAGGCGCAAGGGUACUAAAAGAAUUCUUGCCAUCCCAUUGGCUUCUGCAUUGAUAAUCGGUGCCGUUAUCUUCCUCGCAGUUGGAGUUCAAGGGCAUGAUAACGAGAGAGCCAAAGAUGUACGAACGAAUCGUUUGGGAUGGGGGAAAUCGACGUCAAAUGCAGUGAAAGAUGCAUGCAGCAGCACGCUUCAUCCAAAAUUGUGCGCCUCAAGUCUCUUAAGUUUUGGUGGCUUAUACAGUGAAGCCGGUCCCAUGGAGAUCGUGAAUGCCGCUGUGAGUGUGGGCAUAUUGGCGGUGGAGAAGGCCAAGGAGCAGGCUCGCAGCCUUUCUCGCCCCGGCCUCGACUUGAGGCAACGCGGGGCUCUCCACGACUGUAUGGAGAUGUUCGAUAACACGCUGGACCAGCUCAACGACACGCUGUCCGAUCUGCAUAACACGUCAUUCUGGUCUAUGCCAAAGCACGCCGCUGACCUGGAGACACGUCUGAGUGCGGCCAUUACAAACCAGUACACUUGUCUCGAGGGCUUCCACCUCUGCAAAGGAGAUUUCAAACAAGACCUGAAUGGCCAGCUGCGGUACGUGUCGAAUUUGGUGAGCAAUUCUCUUGCCAUGGUGUGUAAUAUUUCUGACAAAGCAAAUCAAGGCCUGGGCAAUGCAGAUUCCCUUUCCAAUCGGCGGCGCCGUCUUUUGUCAAAAGAUUUCAUUGCAUCUGACGACGAAGGUUUCCCGUCGUGGAUGUCGGCGGAAGAUCGACGGCUUUUACGGCCUCCUGCCGGUAGUAUAAAGGUUAACGCCGUUGUUGCCAUGGACGGGAGUGGUGAUCAUAGAAGCAUUUCGGCGGCGGUGGCGGCAGCUCCUGAUCAGAAGAGCAAAACGAGGCAUGUUAUCCACAUAAAAGCAGGGGUGUAUGAGGAGAACAUAGAGAUACAGAAAAGCAAGCAUAAUAUCAUGUUCAUUGGAGACGGCAAAGAUCAGACUGUCAUUACCGGCAGUCGAAACGUUCACGAUGGCUCCACAACAUUUGAUUCUGCAACAGUUGCUGUGACGGGCAAGCAAUUCAUCGCCCGCGACAUGACCUUCCAGAACACGGCAGGACCAGCCAAACACCAGGCGGUGGCCCUUCGCGUGGGAUCAGAUCUCUCGGCAUUCUACAGGUGUAGCAUUAAGGGCUAUGAAGACACCCUUUACGUCCACUCCCUUCGCCAAUUCUACCGCGAUUGUGACAUCUAUGGCACUGUUGAUUUCAUCUUUGGAAACGCCGCAGUGGUUCUUCAGAACUGUAAUCUUGUGGCGCGUAAGCCCUUACCAAAACAAAAAAUAAUGUACGCCGCUCAAGGCAGACAGGACCCCAAUCAGAACACCGGUAUCUCCAUACACAACUGCAGGCUCACAGCAGACUCUAACUUAGCUGCCGUGAAAAGCUCGUUCCCGGCUUAUCUGGGAAGGCCAUGGAGGGAAUAUUCUCGUACUGUAAUAAUGCAGUCUUAUCUCGACGAUUUGAUUCAGCCCGCUGGUUGGUAUGAAUGGGCUGGAAACUUUGCAUUGGACACGCUCUAUUAUGGAGAAUACUUGAAUAUGGGCCCGCGUGCUCCUACUGCAAAUAGAGUAAAGUGGCGGGGCUACCAUGUCAUCAAGACAUCAUGGGAAGCAAGCCAGUUUACUGUGGGUCAAUUCAUACAAGGAAAUUCGUGGCUGCCAUCUACGGGUGUUCAGUAUUCUUCAGGUCUUAUAUAA